AUGGGCUUGGAAUAUGUUGACUCUAGCCAUGAUAAAAAUGGCUGCGACGUGCAGCUUUUCAGCGGCAGAUGCGUCCAAAACCUAGUUGAGAACAUCGACGCCCCGGCAAGCCACCAUGACAAUAAUCUCGAAGCCAAUAUCGAGCGGGCAAGAUGGAAGCCGGACGUCAAGGAGUGGCUGAUGAUCAUAUCAGCCUGUUUGCUGGUCACAAUGGACGCUCUGAACGUGACUGUCGUUAUACCCCUGCUACCAAGCCUAUCAAGUACCCUCGAGCGAGCACUGGGCGGGAUCCUCUGGAUUGAGGCCUCGUAUCUCAUCGCCAGCGCCACGGGCCAGGCGGUCUUUGCCAUGCUCACUGAUCUUAUUGGCGCGGGUCCUAUUGUCCUUUCCGCGGUGGUGCUCGCGACGGCCGGGACGGGCGUCUGCAGCGGCUCAAUGAACCUAGCCAGCCUCAUCGCCGGCCGGUUUGUGCAAGGGAUCGGAGGAGGGGCAGUGAUGGCUUAUUCGAUCCUGGUCAUGGCCGACAUUAUCCCCGACAUGUACCUGGCCCACUACUCCGGAUAUCUCUUUCGGGCUCGUGUCAUCGGAAGCAUGCUUGGCCUGGUUCUCGGAGGACUGUUCAGCGACUAUACCUCCAGGAUAUGGGCUUUCUACGCCAGCUUUGCGUUCUGCGCACUAGGGCUCCUCAUAAUUCCAUUCGCCGUGGACCUGCGUGGCCGCCGCAGCAUCUCCAUACGCAAACUCCGCAGCAUGUGUUGGCUGAGCGUCGUUCUCAGCCUCGUGGGCAUGGGGUGCCUGCUCAUCGGUCUUAGCUGGGGCGGCACUUUCUACCCCUGGUUGAGCUGGCGGGUCCUCGUGCCUCUUUGCAUCGGAGCCGGCGUGAUUCUGCUGGUUGUCCUCUACGAGAGCAUCUGGGCGACGCGGUCGAUCUUCAUCGCAGCAGACAUGGAGUGCCUGCCUCGAGCGAUGAUGUACCUCAGCAGCUUCCUUCAUGGGUUCUCGCUCCUCUCCCACCUGCUCAACCUCCCGAUGUACCUGAUCCUGAUCAAACGCCUCACCCCGACCCUAUCGGGUCUCAGCCUCCUCACAAUCACCGCUCCAUCCGUCCCCGCCCUCCUCCUAGUCUCCAAAUGGUCUUUGUUGCACCGUCCCCGCACCCUCCGCUGGAUCAUCCGCGCCGGCUGGGCCAUCAGUCUUCUGGCCUCGUGCGCGUUCAUCACCCUCGACAUGCACACUCCACCGCAAGCCUGGGUCUUCAUCUUCCUCGCCACCGGGAUCAGCCACGCUCUUUUGAUGUCCGCAUACCAUCGCUGCCUCCAGCACCGACCACGAUCGCACAGCACUUCUGGACGUUGGAAGUCAGACGACAGCAGCACGAACGAUGCCGGGGAGCCUCGCACCGAGGUCUCCAAGGGAGGCAUGCUGCUGUAUUCCAUCCUGCGGACGUGGGGCAUGUGCAUCGCGGUAACGGUGAGCGGGACCAUUGUUCUGGGUCAGGUGGUGCGGGAGAUGGGAGACCAAAAGGGAGUGGAUAUCUUGGGGCUUGGAGGGAAUGGAACUGAAGGAGAUGGUGAUGGUUCAUCGAUGAUGAUGAUGAUGUUGCUGAUGAUGAUGGGUGAGAAUGGGGGGAAGAACGGGAAUGAAGGCGAAAUGGAGGUGCUGCGCGGGAUGUACAUGGAUGGGCUGCAGGCUUUGUGGAGGGUUCUGCUGGGGGUGGUGGCGCUGGGCGGGUUGUGUAGUUGCUUUGCGAGGUAG